AAGUCAAAUAAUUUAAGCUUGAUCCUAAAUUUGGGCACAAAAUCUUAAAAAUUUUAAAAAUAAAAAUUAUUAUAUUUGAAAACUACAUAGUAUUAUAAGUCAGAAUUAUUGAUAUUGGAAAUACUUACAAGAUUAUGGAAAAAUUAUGAUCAAAAUAAACAUGUUAGGAUCUCAAAAUCUAAAAAAUAACACAUAAAUUAAACGAAAGGAGUAUAACUUAACAUUAGUAACUAAAUCAGACAUAAAACAAUACUAAACUUUUAUCAUUGGAGUGUUGUCUAUGUUUAUCGUGCAUAUCAAAUGACCCUUAAAGUUUUGAUUUCUCAAAUAAAGACACUCCUUAUUUUUUUCAUUCUACCAAGUUUUUUUGCCCAAACUAUUUGAAAAACAAAAACAUUUAAACAAGUUCUUUUGAGGUAACAUAUGAACCAGGCGGAGGACAAGGAAAGGAUUUACGACCUGUGGCGUCACUCUGUCAUCCUAAGAAUCGACUCCAAAAAAAGAAUUCUCUCUCUCAUGGACGAAACCAUGAUGGACCGAUCCUCGGAGACCCGCAUACCGCCGGAACCCCCAGACAAAGGAUCUUCUCACGAUUCUACUGACAAUCCCAUUCCGACAACCUACAGUGAAAUCCUCAUGGCUCAAAGCAUCACUGUCACGAGCUUCCCAAUGGCACUCCAAGAGGACCCCCCUCUGGUAGAAUCAUCUGAGUUAGGCGACACAAUACCUCUAACGGCAGAGGACAAGGAAAGGAUUUACGGCCCGUGGCGUCACUCUGUCGUCGUAAAAGUUCUGGGUAAGAGGUUCAACCAUCACUAUCUACGCAAGAAACUAGCUGAUUUGUGGAAAAUAAAUGACCCCUUCCGGCUAAUAGAUCUAGGCAAGGAUUUUUAUACUGCAAAUUUUAAUAGGGAAGAUCUUCAAAGGAAGGUGCUCCAACAAGGACCAUGGUUUGUAGCUGGUGCCUACUUAUCGGUUCGAAGUUGGGUCCACAACUUCGUCCCCAGUGAUUCUAAAGUGCUAACUAUGGCAAUCUGGGUCAGGUUACCAGAAUUACCAACUGAGUUCUAAGAUAGAAUCAUCCACGAGAAGGUAGGGCAAAAGAUCAGUUCCUUAGUUAAAGUUGACUCAUGUACAUCCGCAGGCCUGUAGGGUCGGUAUGCAAGGAUAUGCGUGCAGAUUUCGAUGGGCACCCAGGUCAAAAAUUCAAUCAACAUAGGAAAUCACCAGCAAGCCCUUCACUACGAAGGUAAUAGUUUUCUAUGCAACUCUUGUGGAAAGUUGGGACACACUAGAAGUACUUGUCCACCAUCGAAGAUGAACUCGAAGCAACAAACGGGUGACAACCACAAAAUUGAUGGGGGGAAAAUGGAAUCGAAAGAACAAUGGACUACGGUGACCUUCAAAAGAAUGAAAAGAAGAUCCAUAUCCAAGGAGAACACAUAUGCAAAGACAAGCGAAGCCAGAUCAGGUCUUAGCUCGAGUGUGCCUCAACUUGAUUGACUCAGGCGAUUGUUGGAGCUUCCAAGGUUGUGGUUGGACAUUCAUGCGUCCGAAGUUCACCUCUAUCUUUCUAUAGUUGUUAUGUAUUUAUUAGUAUUCGGAGACAGUUAUUAUUCCUUUGUGGUUAUUUUUUCGAUGCACUUGACUCUUGGAUUGUAUUAGUAGUUCUUACACUAUUGACACCUGAUUUUGGGCA